AUGGGCACCUUCCAGCUAGAAGACUUUGCAGCUGGCUGGAUCGGAGGUGCAGCCAGUGUCAUCGUUGGCCACCCUCUGGAUACAGUCAAGACUUGCCUGCAGGCUGGUGUUGGCUACAGGAACACAUUCAACUGCAUCGGCAUGGUGUACAAGAGGGAGAGUGUGUUCGGCUUCUUCAAGGGCAUGUCCUUCCCCCUGGCCAGCAUUGCUGUCUACAACUCAGUGGUGUUUGGGGUCUUCAGUAACACCGAACGGUUCCUCAGCCGGCACCGCUGUGGGGACCCAGAGGCUGGCCCUAGCCGAAGUCUGUCUGAUCUACUCCUGGCUAGCAUGGUGGCUGGUAUGGUCUCCGUUGGGCUGGGCGGGCCCGUGGACCUCAUCAAGAUCCGACUACAGAUGCAAACACAGCCAUUUCGGGAAGCCACCCAUGGAUUGAAGUCCAGGCCAGUGGCCCCCGGGGAGCAGGCAGCAUACCACGGACCAAUACACUGCAUUGCAACCAUUGUGCGGACUGAGGGCCUGGCAGGGCUGUACCGGGGAGCCAGUGCUAUGCUGCUGAGGGACAUCCCAGGAUAUUGCCUCUACUUUAUUCCCUAUGUGUUCCUAAGCGAAUGGAUCACACCUGAGGCCUGCACAGGGCCCAGCCCCUAUGCUGUGUGGCUGGCAGGUGGCCUUGCAGGGGCAAUUUCCUGGGGGACAGCUACUCCAAUGGAUGUUGUGAAGAGCCGACUCCAGGCUGAUGGCGUCUAUGUAAACAAAUACAACGGAGUCCUGGACUGCAUCUCCCAGAGUUACCGGCAAGAAGGCUUGAGGGUGUUUUUCAGGGGCCUUGCUGUGAAUGCUGUGCGUGGCUUCCCCACAAGCGCAGCCAUGUUCCUCGGUUACGAGCUCUCCCUGAAGGCACUCCGCGGUGACCACACUGUGACAAGCCCAUGA